GUUAGUGAACCUUGACACCCAUACAUUUUACCUGUACAGGUAAGCUGCCUACAUAUUUUUGUUAUGGUGUAGUAAAUGAAAGGUAACGGACUGAGUGUAAUAUCCAGCGAACCAUUCUGCUGAUAUUUGAAGACAAAAUCAGUUUCUCCGGAUGAUGGAGAUUUCUGCACUAAACUCCGGGCCGGUGGAGUCAGAUCUACCGCAGAAGACAGGGCCUCCACAGAAUGGAACCACACAGAGAGGACGGGACACACCUGUUCCUGCCACGAACUUAUGGACCACCAAAAGAUUUGAGCCUGUCAAGUUGAGGAUGGGGACGGGGAGAGGUUAUGACACUCAGCCACCAAUGACGGUCCCAUCGGCCUUCGAACGGACUGUACAGAAGAUGCCAAACCAACCUGCCUUGGGUGUAAAGAGAGGUGGUCAGUGGAAGAAGUGGACAUACCAGCAGUACUAUUCUGAUGUACAGCGGGCAGCUAAAUCAUUCAUCAAGCUAGGCCUUCAGCCUUUUCAUGGUGUUGGUAUCCUGGGAUUCAAUGCUCCGGAAUGGCACAUAUCUUACAUGGGAAGCAUAUACGCUGGUGGUCUUGGUACGGGGAUAUAUACUACAAACACAGCAGAGGCUUGCCAGUACGUCCUCGAGGAUUCACAAAGUAACAUAGCGGUGGUCGAAAACAACGCACAGCUGCAGAAGAUUGUGGCCGUUUGGGACAAUCUUCCCCACCUAAAGGCCAUCAUACAGUAUACUGGAGAGGUGGCCGUACGCAGACCAAACAUCUACACGUGGGACGAGUUUAUGAACUUAUCCAGGGGUGAGUCGGACUCUGUUGUAAUUGAACGUGUGAGGAACCUGGCUCCAAACUAUUGCUGUACACUUGUAUACACGUCUGGGACAACUGGAAACCCAAAGGGAGUGAUGCAGAGCCACGAUAGUCUGACUUUCUUGUGUGGGUCAGGAAUGAGCGUUUACAAUCUGAGAGUGGGAGAGGAAGUGGUCGUGAGUUAUCUGCCCCUGAGCCACAGUGCCGGGAUGAUCCUGGAUAUACACAUGCCUUAUUACACGGGAACCACCGUCUAUUUUGCACAACCAGAUGCUCUGAAGGGGACUCUGAAGAAUACAUUAGUAGAGUGCCGUCCCACGAUAUUCCUGGGAGUUCCGAGAGUCUGGGAGAAAUUUGCCGAGAAGAUGCAGGAAGCUGCUCGUUCUGUUUCCGGAAUAAAAAAGACUAUUGGUGUCAAGGCCAAGAAAUUGGGGUUAAAGGGAGUCUACGCUUCAAUGAGACACCAACACAAGCCAAGAGGCUGGAGUGUAGCCCAGACCUUACUGUUUAAAAAGGUCAAGAAGAGCCUCGGCUUGGACCGCUGCCAGUUAUACAUAACCGGGGCUGCACCCAUCACCAAGGAAACCAUCGAAUAUUUCUACUGUUUCAAUAUCAACAUCCUGUCUGUCUAUGGCAUGAGUGAAAGUACAGGCCCCCACACCUCAGAGAUGCCAGAAAACUUCAGAAUUGGGAGUGUUGGCCGUGACAUUCCUGGGGUCACUACCAAACUUAUGGAGGCCGAAACGCCAGAGAAGGAUGGCAGUGGAGAAGUGUGUAUGUGGGGUCGUAAUGUAUUCAUGGGCUACCUCAACAAUGAAGAGAAGACAAAAGAAGCGAUUGAUGACGACGGCUGGCUUCACUCUGGUGACAUCGGUAAACAUGAUGACAACGGCUUCCUCUACAUCACAGGCAGAAUAAAAGAAUUACUGAUCACGGCAGGCGGUGAGAACAUAGCUCCUAUUCCAAUAGAGGACAAUGUGAAGGAAGAACUGCAUGCUGUGUCUAACUGUAUGUUGAUCGGGGACAAAAUGAAGUUCCUUAGUAUGUUAAUCACACUGAAGGUUGAAAUUGACAUAGAUACUGGAGAACCUACCGACCAGCUGACAGCUGAGGUCCAAGACUGGUGUAAAUCAUUAGGUUGUAAUUAUACGACGAUGUCGCAAGUCCUGGAACAAAAAAAUCCCAAUCUCUUCAAAGCCAUUCAGACAGGAAUAGACAAAGCCAACGAACGUGCCAUUUCCCGCGCAUCUAAGGUCCAGAAAUGGUCAUUACUACCCAGAGAUUUCUCGAUUCCUGGAGGCGAAUUAGGCCCCACCCUGAAGCUGCGGCGACCUAUUGUUGUGAAGAUGUACGACAAGACAAUUAAAGCUUUGUAUGCGGAUACGUGAUUUCCAGGGAAAAUCAACGUGGAACUCAUUGACAAUGUGAACCAAAGCUGGAAAAUGUCCCCAGUGGAGAAAAUUUAAUGUUCUGUUCAUUGUACUAUGAAUUAAAAUGGAAUUUUUCACUAAAUCUAUACAAGCAUAAUGGUCUGGAAAUAAUGACUUCCAGGGUAAUAAACAAGGAAGGGAAAUGUUUGAAAUAAGUUGGGUCUGCUGUAAUUUACAGUAAAAUUCAAUUAGAAAUUCAUUAAUUAAAACAUUCUAGAGGCUCUGUGAAUAUGGAUAUUGAUGAAUAUUUUGUUGAUUGAGGCUCUAGAAGAAAGAUUCAGUGAAUGUGGAUAUUGGUAUAUAUUUUGUUGAUUAAGGCUCUAGAAACAUUCAGUGAAUAUGUAUAUUGAAGUAUAAGGCAGCUUCAGAGUAUAAUUUUAGAUACAAUGAUAUUCUCUAUACUUAUUACUGGUAUCCUUAUUGAACGUGUUUAUACACAGAACAAGUUAGAGCCAAAACAUCAUAGUACCACAAAAAAUCUCAAAUAUUUCUUAUUUCAUUAAUUCAUAGCCUUCAAAGUUGUUUUAAAAGAAAACUUUGAUUUAAUAAAAGUUUGAGUUAAUGAAAAAAAAGUUUGAUUUUCAUUAAAUCUUAUAUUUGAAGAUGAUAUUGUAGUGGAACUGGACUGGGUUAAACGCCGAUGUCCAGGUAGCUAAAAUGGUAAGUGCGUCCGUCUAAGAGUUUGGAGGUCCUGGUUCGAGUCCCAGUCUGGUCCUUGAAUUUUUCCUCUCCUGUUACAUUGGAACAGGUUAGGAGUGUCCCGGUAAAAAUACUGAGCCUGGCUCUAUGUUUCUCUAUAAAUAUUUUGCAUUUUGCAGGUGUGAAUAUGUCUGAAAAAAAAAAAAUGCAAACUCUACCAUUGUAUUUAUCAGAAAAAAUAACCAGUUGAACAGCAUAUUGGACUAGGAAGGGUCUACAUGGAUAUUUAUAUAGAAAUAACAUGUUAUAAAUGUUUCUAAUUUAAGAGUUGUUUUGUGUCUAACCCUUUAAUAAGAUUCUUGUGACAGUUUAUCUAACCUGAUGUUUUUUGUAUAAAAUAGUUUGGAAGGUACCUUAUACAUAUGGCACCAUUAUUGUGAUAUCCUUGUCAAUAUACCUGUACACAGAACCUACGAUAUGUAUAAACUGGAGGAAAAGGAUCAUUUAUAUGUGUAUACUACAGUAGAAAUUGAUGUAUGUCCAUUCCACUUAAUCGGGUAACGCUUAAUAGGGUAUUUCGUUUAUUUGGGUAAAAAUUCAAAAACCAAAACCAUUUUCUCUUGAAUCAUGUUAAAAAAAAUUGUUUAAUUGGGUUGGAAAAGUCGUAUUUUUCAGUUAUUCGACUACGACAAUUUGACCAAAAAAA